AUGGAUAAAAAUAACAGUACGAGUACAGUUGAAGUAAGUUAUUUUUUGUUUUUAAUUUUUGUCCUACUUUUUCCUGGCCUUAGCCUUAACCUUAACCUUAGCCUUAGCAUUGGUCAGUCUUAGCUUUAGUCCUAAUCCUAGCCUUAAUCCUAGGCUUAACCCUAUUCCUAGUUCUAACGCUUAGCUCUGGCGCCUAUCUCUACAGCCUAACUGCAGCCUUAUCAACGGCUUGAAUUCUAUAUUUUGUAAAAGGCUAGCUAGAUUAAUAAACGUACUGGCACCAUAUCUAAAUAUUCUUUACUCAGUUUUAAUUUAAGCAAAAGCUUGCGCAAGUUAUGCUGAAUUACAUAAUGUGACUGAUAUAACUAGAUAGCCUUAGAGAAAUUGCAAGAAAUGAUAUUACGCAACUUUUUCUGAUGUAAUAUUGUAAUUUUAUAUAAUAUUUGCCUCGGUGUAAAACGACCCAACAAAUGACUGCGAGUGCUGGGAUUUGGCUCUAUUUUUCCUCGAGGUACCACCACUUUAUCUGCCAUAUUUCAAACUGCCCUACCCUAAUUUACCCUACCCUACCCUACCCUACCCUACCCUACCCUACCCUACCCUACCCUACCAUACCCUACCCUACCCUACCCUACCCUACCCUACCCUACCCUACCCUACCCUACCCUACCCUACCCUACCCUACCCUACCCUACCCUACCCUACCCUACCCUACCCUACCCUACCCUACCCUACCCUAUCCUACCCUACCCUAUCCUACCCUACCCUACCCUACCCUACCCUACCCUACCCUCCCUACCCUCCCUACCCUACCCUACCCUACCCUACCCCUACCCUCCCUACCCUCCCUACCCUACCCUACCCUACCCUACCCUACCCUACCCUACCCUACCCUACCCUACCCUACCCUACCCUACCCUACCCUACCCUACCCUACCCUACCCUACCCUACCCUACUCUACCCUACCCUACCCUACCCUACCUUACCUUAUUCUAAAUUACAUUACUUUUAGAAAAGCACAUUCCUCAAAGUAUACUGUAGCAAUCACACAAUAUCUACUAGUCUUGGAGUUCUUUUGAAUGGAUAUCUGAUUCUAGUCAUUUAUAAAUGUACAAGGAGAAGUAAUCAACAAGUAAAUCUAAUUUUGAUGGCUUCAACUUUGAAUGACUUGAUGUUCAGCUUGUUUGAACUGCUACUACAACAUGUAAGUGCUUUCUAAAAAUUAAAACUUUUGUUUUUUAAUAUUUUUUUUUAAUUUUAAGUCAAUUUUGAAAUUUUUAGGUAAUAUACCAGUCAGAUGGUAUAAUGUACAUUAUUAGCUAUGGCUUCGACCAAAAUGUGGGCUCAAAUUUGAAAUUGAUAUUGUCUUGUGCUCAUUACUUUGCAUUGAUACAGGUUAUGACAAUGCAGGCUGCCUUACAUAGUUAUCGCUACUUGAUCAUCUCGCAGGAACGGUAAGGAUAUACUGUAAAAUUUAUGGAUAACUUUUGUUUGGGUAGGGUGGCGUAAAUAAGGUAGAAUAUUAUAAGGGGAAGGUAGGGUAAUAUAUAAUAACAAAAAGUAGAGUAGGGUGGGAUCGGGUACAACAAGAUAAAAUUAGGUAAGCCAAGCCAAAACAAGGCACAGUCAAGGCACAGGCAAGGCACAGGCAAGGCACAGGCAAGGCACAGGCAAGGCACAGGCAAGGCAAUAUAAAUAGGGCAAGAUGAGUUAGGGUAGGGCUUGCUCUGACAAUUAAUAAUAUUAAAAAAUCUUUUCAGACCCCCAACUCGUCGUGACUUUAUUCGAAGAUACAUUUUGUUCAGUAUACCAAGUAUAUAUUUAAGUGUGUCAUACUCAGUGUCAGCUUAUUACGGUCUAAAGCACAGUGUUAGUCAUUAUACAAAGACCCUCCCAACGGCGUGGCAGAACAGCGAUGGGAGUAAUAACGUGUCUUAUGUUACUUUGUGGGUAGGUUUCUUUAAUUUUUUUUAAUAAAAAAUGACGGGCGGGGUAUUUUUGAUUUAGGGGGAUCGGGGGGGGGGUAAAAAAUUUUUAUUAUAUAAAACCUUGUUUUUAAAAAAUGACAGUAGGGGGAAGCGGGAAAAUCAAAUUUUAAUUCUUUGAUUGGAGGGGUGGGGGUAGAUAUUUUUUUUUGUAAAAUACGAAAAAUCGGGAUAAAGGUAAUUGAUUUUCAGUCAGACCCAGCGACAAAAUUUUAUGUUUUCAACAAUGUUGUUGUAGUGGCAGCUUUGUUUGACACAUCUAUGUUUUACAUUUAUAAAUGCUACAAGCAUGUCAACACUGGCUAUGAAAAGGUGUCGGCUAGCACACAAAAGAUGAGAUCGCAGUUUAACAGGUGCUUAAUUUCUCAGGUAAGUCAAGAUCAGGCAGGGUAGAAUAAGAAGCAAUAUGUUAGGGGUAGGGCUAGGGCAGGGCAUGGUAGUUUAGAUAAGGCAGAAUGUAAAAGGCAAAGAUAAGGCAUGACAGUGUUAGUCAGGCUAGGGCUAGGACUGUAAGCUAGGGCUCAUAGCUCUAGGCUAGGGCUUUGUGCUAGGGCUCUGGACUAAGGCUUUGAGCUAGGGCUCUGGGCUAGGGCUCUGGGCUAGGGCUCUGGGCUAGGGCUUUGUGCUAGGGCUCUGGACUAAGGCUUUGAGCUAGGGCUCUGGGCUAGGGCUCUGAGAUAGUUCUCUGGGCUAGGGCUCUGGGCUAGGGCUAAGGAAACAAGGUUGAAUUAAAACUAAAAAAAUUUUUUAGACAUUAGUAAUAGCCGUGCUAGCUUUAAUCCCAUCUGGCAUCAUCUCCAUGACUUAUGCUCUUCAACUUCAUGGUACUUACCUUGGAGCUCCAUCUAUGAUGGGUUUCGCUUGGUUUGGCGCUAUUAAUGCCCUGAUUCCUUUAUUAUACAUGGAUGCAUUUAGAAACUACUCAAUUAGAUUAAUAUUUUGUUCAAAACAGGUUGAAAUUGACAACAGUGUGGCUACUACCAGGAGUCUUGUCAGCGUAUCUUGA